AUGCAAAUGAACUCGCCUCUCGAGCAUUUGUCUACCGAGGAGUUCGAGAAGCUUAAGCGCAAUGCCUUGGAAGCUCGCCAGCGCUCUUACAGCCCCUACUCAAAAUUCAGGGUAGGCUGUUGUAUCAUGUUGCAGUCUAAAGAGUGCAUUCUGGGAGCGAAUGUCGAGAAUGCCAGCUACGGUGGUGCCAUCUGCGCCGAGCGCACUGCGGCUGUGAAAGCAGUGACUUCGGGUUUCCGCAGUGACUGGCUUUGCAUGGCUAUUAGUGGUGAUUCACUGGAAACUUGUAUAUCGCCGUGCGGGAUCUGCAGGCAGGUCAUACGGGAGUUCGCCAGUCUCAAAAUGCCAAUAGUGAUGUUCAACGGCGACGGUUCAAAGCACAUGAUAAAAACUUUACAAGACCUUUUACCGCUGAGCUUCGGGCCCGAAGACCUUGCAGAGUAG